UCUGAUGGCCUAUGCAAGUCACAACCACGGGCCGGGGGACCCCAGGCCCACCUGGACACUCUCUCUCUAGGGCCUCGAAUGGCAGGAGGAGAAAGCAGCGAAGAGAUGGGGACCGACACGUCCUUGUAGUGGCCGGAUGACACUGUCCCUCGGUUUCUGCUCCUGGGUCCCCAAGGCCCCCCUGGUUUUUGUCCUUUUCAGAGUCAGCUCUUCCACUUUCCCGUCGCUCUGUGAGGGCCACGCCCUACUGGUGACCUCCUUGGCGGUCACGGCCGGCGUCUCGCUUUACCGCCACAGCACCAACGAAAGCCCUUCUGCGAAGGACCCCAGCCAGGACUCCGGGACGUUUACGAGGCCCCCCGAACAGCUCCCCCGAGAAGGGCCAGGAUCCCUGCAGGGCCAGGCUGAGGUCCGAGAAGAGGAGGCUGGCUUGACCCCAGCAGGGACCAUGGCGGUUGGGAGCAGUAGCCGGCGACGGUGGCAGCUGGCCUUCCCGAGGGUUGUGAACAGAACUGCAGGCAAUAGAGUGGAACUUCUGAGCAGUUCCAGAAAGAAUAUCUGGCCUGGAGUCCUGGGAAUGUGCCCACACCUCCUUGCCUUCAUUUAUUCCUUCCUUUGUUCCGUCUUCCCCUGGUCUAUGGACUGUCUCGGAGUGCCCCCCCCCGCCGGGCUCUCUCCUGGGAUCCAGAUAUUGGGCUCCAUUGGCCCUGCGAUGGUCUCCACAUGGGUGCCCUCCCAGCAUCUCGGACGCCGAGGAUUGCAAUUUAAAAAUGCGUCUCGUGGGGCGCCUGGGUGGCUUAGUCGGUUAAGCGUCCGACUUUCAAAAUAA